AGACAAGUAUUAAUACAGAGGUAUUGGUAGUCUUUAAACAAACGUUCUUUGUACAUUUGCAUGUACUAUUCGACUUCGAAUUAUAACUCACUCUUCUGUAUAUUUCUAGGUGGAAUUUUGUUGAAGGACAAAAUGUUGCUGAUAAUCAGAAGCUGUUUUCUGAUCUUUAUUGCCACGAGAUGUUUUGCUGUUCGUAUGUCUAAAGGAGACUUAGAAGAAUUUGACAAAAAUGUCAGAGUAGACUUAGCUGUCGUGGUCACCGAAAAUUUUGAGAAGCUGACACAACAAAUUACAUCCCUGAAUGAGGACUGUAUGGUGAAAAUCAACGCAACCAUUGAUCAGUGUGCUUCUUGUCCCAGAGGAACUGGGAAAAACUCUGGAGUCAAAAAGAUAGUGUCAGUUCUAAGUAUCCCGAUUUCAGAGGGUGAGAAACUAGCAAAUACCAUUGUGGACUCUCUGUCAAAAGGCAAUGUACAGAAGUUUCUGGGAGAGAAAUUAGGUCCGGUAGUGGGAACAUUAAAGGGAACCUUUAGUUCAUUAGUGAACAAUAAAGAAAUUAAGGAUCUCACAAACUUUUUCGUGAAUUUUGAGAAAAAUUUAGCGAAUUUGAAGAGUUCUCUUUCAAAUCUUCCAUCCUUCUUAGAACACAAUUUAAACAAUUUGGUAGGAAAUAUUGGCAGUGAACUGAGCAAACUCAAAUUCUGGAGAAGAAAGCGAUCUGCCUGUUUAGCAUGUGAAAAAUUGAAUUCGGAUGAUGCGACUGUAAUAAUUACCAAUGUAUGUGGUACUGGUGUUGCCAAGAGUUUGAGUGACCUGACUAAGAGUAUAGAGAAUCUACAGCUCCUGUAUGAAGACGCCAUCAACGGAACUAUACUCACACAGAUAAUUACAGGUGAUCCUCAGAUGGUGAUGUCGCCAACUCUGACAGUCUCUGGAGAACUUCAGAACGUUACAUACAGCAUUGACACAACGACAAAGACGCUGACAGGGAAGUCAGGGGAGACAAUAAUCUUCACUGAUAAACCAACGUCUUACACAAUGCUGGCAGAUAAAAUCUACCAAGAUUUUGUUUGAAUUGAUAAAUUCUUAUUACUUGAAUGUUACUAUUGAGUGGGUAAAGGCACAAAUUUGAGAAGCUAAAUGAAACAAUGUUAAAAAGCUUUGAAAUCAGAGUAAGUGAUCCUAUUUUACCUCAGUUGGUAUUGUUGCAUCAUCGAAGACGGUGUUUAAUACACGCAAGGUUAGUCGAUUCGACCGAAGAGUCUUUAAUUAACUGAUUCAAUGCAAUGUCUUAGUUUUUCGGGUACUGCGAAUCCACGCUAUGAACUUGAGUAGCAUAUAGGAACAGCA